CGAUGGGUGUUAUAUCGACGGUUAUGGAAUCGUGAAUGUACACGGGUCAGUGUACCUGAUAAUACACUAACCUCCCGGCGAUGGGCCCUGCGGGCCACCCAGCCAUCCGGAGGACCAACCUGCACUUCCUCCUAUAUUCUGCUGCUGCUUCGCCAGCAGUCUCACUGUCAACGCGUACGUAAGCAGCAUCACGCCCAACGAACACCGGAGCAAUGUCCCAGCGUGGUCUCGUUGCUGGCGGAGAGCUACAAUCCCCACGUAAGAUACGGAGCGGCGAUGGCCUUGGGGAUCGCGUGUGCCGGCACCGGCCUCAAGGAAGCCAUAGCUCUCCUCGAUCCAAUGACGAACGAUUCGGUGAACUUUGUUCGCCAGGGCGCUCUGAUCGCCUCGGCGAUGAUCCUGAUCCAGCAAACCGAGGCCACUUGCUCGCGAGUCAAGGAUUUCCGGGCCCUGUACGCGAAGGUGAUCGUGGACAAGCACGAGGACGUGAUGGCGAAGUUCGGCGCCAUCUUGGCGCAGGGGAUCAUCGACGCAGGUGGUCGUAACGUGACGGUGUCGUUGCAAUCAAGGACCGGUCACACGAACAUGCUGGCGGUGGUCGGCGCGUUGGUGUUCACGCAGUAUUGGUACUGGUUCCCGUUGGCCCAUUGCUUGGCCCUGGCCUUCACGCCGACUUGCCUAAUCGCUCUGAACGCUCAGUUGAAAAUGCCGAAGCUGGAGAUCCGUUCGAACGCCAGGCCGAGCGUCUACGCGUAUCCGGCGCCGCUCGAAGAAAAGAAACGCGAGGAAAGGGAGAAGAUCACCACCGCUGUCCUCAGCAUCGCUGCCAGAGCUCGGAGGCGCGAGUCUGAGAGGCGUGCUCGCGACUCGCACGAGAAGAUGGAAGUGGAUCCGCCGGAGACGGCGAAGGAAACCGUCGAGAUGGCGUCGUCCAAGGAGAAAGAGGAGAAACGGAAGGAGAAAGAGCCGGCGAAAGAGGCGAAAGAGGCGAAAGAGGCAAAAGAGGCGAAAGAAACGAAGGAGAAGGUGGAGAAGAAGGGCAAGGAAGAGGGGGAGAAGGGAACGGAGAAGGAGAAGAAGGAAGCCGAGCCGAGUUUCGAAAUCCUGCAAAAUCCAGCUCGCGUGCUUAGGCAGCAACUGAAGGUGAUACAGUUGAUGGAAGGUAGCCAUUAUGUGACCGUCAAGGACAUUCAGAUCGGCGGUAUCGUGAUGGUGAAGCACAUUCAGUCGGACACUGAGGAGGAGCUUGUGGAACCGGUGGCUGCUUAUGGCCCCCAUCCGGAGGAAGAACAGGAAGCAGAGCCGCCGGAGCCGUUCGAGUACACCGAGGAUUAAGCAGAGACAAGCGAGGGCAACUUUCCUUCCGACUUUUAACGUCUGAAUCUACGCGACGCAAAUUACUCGUUCACGCAUAACGCACUAUAGCUCGCUGUUUUAUAGUAGAGUAACGGCACACUGGGAGCAAUAUCUUCGCUAUUCCCCUUAUCGUUGCGUGUGCCGCGCGUCAAACAGCGACAAACUUCCCAUCUCCUCAUAUUGUAUAAUUAAUUUCGUCGUCGUUGAGCCGAUGAUUGUUUAGAUUAUUUAUCGUCCAACAACCAACCGCCACGCCGUUUCGUUUUUUUUUUAAAUAAAUAUAUAUAUUAUAUAUAUCAUUUGCUCUGACACUGGUGCGUGUUGUUUAUUGAAACCUUCUGGAGAAAGGGAAUUCUAUGGUAAAAAACAGUUUGUAUUUUGUUCAAUUCAGCUUUAAGCAAAUACUUCAAGUUUCAUAGUUCGUUUCUGAAGAACUUCCGAAGAAGAAAGUACGAAGUACGUAAACGUACGACGCCAGGUAUGUGAUAAAACGAUACUGUUUUUGUUCAAUUUUUUCUUUUCUUCUUUUUUCUCGUAGUUUUUGUUGUUUUGUGCUGGUUUUAGGAACGCUGCAUGUAGAAUAUUUGUUUUUACUGGUUUUACCAUUUCUUUAUAUUAAAAUAGUUUGUACUAUACUCGAGGAAUGGCACCUAGGUAAUAAUAACAAUAAUAAAUCUCUUCAGGAUCUAUUACGUUAAUCAACUUGAUAGAUUGGAAAGCAGAGAAAAGUGAUGUGCAGAGUUUCAAGUUUACUUUACAAUUCGUUAUCACCAGUUUGCAAUUUUUUUAUAGAAAACUGAAAGGUGUAGAAUGUUCGUCAUCAAUAUUUUGAUACAUUAAUUUCUAUUCGAGUUCUAUUUCUUUACUUAAAAAUAAAAAAGUGAAAAUUCGCAACCGAGUUAUCUGUCAUUUGUCUCGCCUUCCUGUGAUUUGCUCUUAAAAUGAUAAUCAUCAGUUUGCUAUCAUUUUUGAGGAAUUUCCGCGAAAACAUGGACGGGAAAGUUUCGCGUUCGUCGCGAAUUAUUCUCGUUUCAAAGUGGCAUUUUAAGGAAGCGCCUGACUCGGCUCAUCCGCAAGAUCGUGAGAUCCUGGAUUCAUACAAAUAAACAUUUACGUAAGCCGCCUCUGGGCGGCGGCGAAUUUAUACUUUCAGCAGCUGUUGCGAUACGCUUUCAAAGUUGAGACUCGUAAAAAAAGUUGCGCGUUAUAUUUCCCGCUGAUUCAUGACCCCGUGUAAUGAAGUUCUAACAACUUUAUUUCAAAUAUUCAGCAGCCGCGAUUCCACAUCCGAGCGUCGAACGAAAUUUCAAAUACGAUUAAGCUUUUGAAAAAAAAAAAAAAAAAAA